AUGGCAGAAGGUGUUAUUCCACACGAGGAGGUACUUCAACACAUUUACGCUUUUCUACGUGCCUACGGUUAUAAGAAUUCACUUCUCGCUCUUCAGAAUGAAUCCCGUGUACCGUACAAUACAAUAGACAUUGUGGAAUCUAAUGAAGAGAGUCCAGAUCAGAAUACAGUAGUCUCUGUGAGUCCUGCUGGAUUGGAAUUAGCACUUCUUGAAGGUAAAUGGGAUGUUGUACUUGAAAAAUAUGUUGAUGGUCUUUUACUUCCAGAAGAGGUAAUGUUUGAUUUAUAUGAACAUAUCUUUGAAGAACUUUUAACUCUUCAUGGGUUUGUACAUGCGGCACGGGCAUUUUUUUCUAAUUCGCCUAUUUUUUCAACUAUGCGUCGUUCCUCAGCAGCACGUUAUGCUAGACUUCAACAACUACUAGACUCUCAUAAGAGUGAUACCGUAUUAGAUGGUAUGGGAAGUGGUAGAAAUGGACCUAUUCCUCCACAUAUAAAAGAAAAACGUGAAAUGUUACUUAAAGUUUUACAAGAGGCUAUUACGUGGAAUAGACAACCAUACAAUGGUAUUCUUCCAGCUGCCUUGUGGAGAUUGCAAAAUAUUAGUAGUUUUACGACUAGUGUUGGGGAUCAUUCUAAUGAUAAUAUAGUGCAGUCUUUAAAGCGAAAACGUACUGAUAAUAAUAAUAAUAAUAAUAAUAAUAAUAAUAAUAAUAAUAAUAAUAAUAAUAGUGGUAAUGAUAAUGAUAAUAAUGCUGAGGUAGAUACUGGUGUAAUCAUGCCUCGUCCUCCUUCUGCUUUAUUUCUACAUUAUCCACUUCAAUGCCCUAAAAAAAUUCGAGUAAAAAUAAGCUUUGCUGAUGCAGCAAUGCCUACUUCCUGUGCUGUUACUACUCUUCCUAUAGUAGAAUCUGAGUGUAAUAAGUAUACUGCCCUUAUUGUUGGUAGAACAGAUGGUGUGGUAGACUUUGUGAAUGGUGAUACCGGUCUCCCUGUUGGAAGUUCUGUUGGACAUACAGAUGGUGUGUUAAGUGUGGCCCUUGAUACGAUAAAAGAUGGAUUUGCCUGGGUGGCUGUGGGCUAUCGUGAUGGUUGGGUGAAGAUCUACAAUACAGAGACAAGAAAAUUAGUUCGUCGCUUUACACAAAUUCAUAAUAGUGGUGUAACUUCACUUGUCUUUGCGGGUGCACGAUGUCCUUCUCUCUCUGGACACCGAUCAUUAGUGGUAUCAGGUUCCUUUGAUGGGGCAAUUCAAUUACUAGACAUUCGUGAAGGAAAAUCAAGACGUCGUAUUAACGAUGCUCAUCAACUUAAAUAUGUACUUUCUCUUUGUUUAGUGCCGAAUAAAAUGGAAGGGGAAGAACUCAUUGUCUCUGCUGGAAAUAAUGGAACUCUUUGUUUUUGGUCUGUAUUAAAUGGUGAGUUAGAACAAGUUGGUCCAGCACGUACAUUACAUUCUAUUCAUACCUCAUUAAAAGAAGAAGUACCAACUCGACUCUUAUCGGUAAAUGACACCACUCCAUCAGAAGAGUUUGUUGUCUUUACACGUGGGAAGUCUGUGUUGGUGUUACGGGCACAUUAUACCGGAGAUUCGGCGGAACCUGUAGUGAUAUCUAUGUAUUGUACUAUUAUGGCUCCACGAAUACUUUUUGGUGGAUGUCUGCGAGUUAUUCAUACUCCUGCACUUGCCGUUCCGUUGCUCUCUGUUUUUCUAACGGAUCGUGAGGGAACUAUUCUCUUGUAUAAUAUAGAGAUGACAUGGCGAAGAGUAGAUGAAGGUAAUGUGCGUGGGGCUCGAGUGGAGAUGCGACCAACAGAUGAGACUUCUCUCAUUGCGAUGGAGUAUGGGAAGACUGUGGAGGAUUUGAAUGUAGUGAAUGUGAUUGGAGAGUCACCUGCACUGCUCGCUUAUUCACCAUCCUUCUCUACAAUGUACGUUCUUUCAUGGAGUUAA